UUAUAUUUGAGUAAAAGCAAUGGGAUUGUAUCAAGUGUUUAGCAGUAUGAAGUCCAAAACGCAAGUCGUUUGAAGAAACACACGCAGCCUGCUCUACCUAGGGGUAUUUAAGCAAAGCCGGAAGUAAACGACGGAUAACUGUUUUGUUUCGCUUCCUCUGUGUCUCUCUUGAGUCGGAGCGGUUGGUUUUUCAGGAGGGAAACUUUACGGGUUUAACGGGAUUUGAGCACGAUUAAUUCAUUUCACCUAAUUACCAGAGCCAGUGCAGCCACACUGAAAGGAGUCCACAAAUCAUGUCAGGCAUUGCAUUGAGCCGGCUUGCACAGGAGCGCAAGGCAUGGCGGAAAGACCAUCCUUUUGGAUUUGUAGCUGUACCAACAAAAAAUCCAGAUGGAACCAUGAAUCUCAUGAAUUGGGAAUGUGCUAUUCCUGGCAAGAAAGGGACUCCGUGGGAAGGAGGCUUGUUCAAACUGCGCAUGUUGUUCAAGGAUGACUAUCCUUCUUCACCUCCAAAAUGUAAAUUUGAGCCUCCACUCUUUCACCCAAAUGUGUAUCCAUCAGGCACAGUAUGCCUAUCUAUUCUAGAGGAGGACAAGGACUGGAGACCAGCCAUCACAAUAAAGCAGAUCUUAUUAGGUAUCCAGGAACUCCUAAAUGAACCAAAUAUCCAGGAUCCAGCCCAAGCAGAGGCUUACACAAUCUACUGCCAAAACAGAGUAGAAUAUGAAAAAAGAGUUCGAGCACAAGCCAAAAAAUUCUCCCCCUCGUAAGGGCGAAGACUUGCUCCGCUGUGGCAGAAGGAAUGGGUUUAACAAGAAUCACCUCCCCGCUCAGUCUCUCAAUGAAUGUGCUCCUCUCACAUCAGGACUUGCUUAAAGACUUCUAUUUAAACUCCACACAUUCUGUGCCAUCCGACCUAUCAUUUUUUUUGUUCUUAAUUGCCAGUUGACGCGUAAUGCUGGGAGGGGUUGGGUGCUUCAGCACCCUGGUCAUUUCUUUUUAAACAUUAAUUGUCUUAUGUGGUAAGGAACACAGCUCGGUACCAGUUUCAUCAACUCCAUGCAAGCUGGCUGUCAUCAAUGUUCAAGGAAGAAAAUGUUUUGUUU